AUGUCCGACCAGUUGCAAAUAGCAAAAAGACCAAAAGAACCCGCAAAAAAUGGUAGAAAUGUUCGAGUCAAAGUCAAUUAUUUAGAAGUUAAAUUCAAUUUCCCUCCCGUCAAAUCUUAUUCUUUCGAUAUUAGCGAUGCAAGAAGAAAACCUUUGAAAAAAGAGGAACGUGAUGAAGUGAUGGCAGCAUUUUUAAAAUCAAAAUCUCGAAAGAUCAUUGCUGCGCAUUACGGAAGCUCAUUGUAUUCUUAUAAAGAUAUUCUUAAUGGUAUCAGAACUAAGGAAUGCAAAUUUGUUCAUAAAGAUUGUUUGGGUGAUUCACAAAAUUAUAUCGUGAAAAUUAAAUUCUCCUCAGUUAUAAGUCUUGAAACCACGAGGGAAUUUAUUAAUGGAAACCCAGAUUUGUCUUGGGAGGAUAUACAAGAAAAUUUAAACGUUCUCAAUUCUUAUUUAAACACCAAAGUACAUACUAUACUUCCUCAUUUAAACAGUAAAUCCAAAGCAAUUUUUCCAGAACUUCCAGAAAAAUGUUUUUUAUCCAGUGGAUCUGAAAUCCUUUCUGGUUUUAUGCAGUCUAUUCAAAGUUUAUAUGUCAAUGUUGACGUUUGUAACGCUCUUGUCAUUCCUGAGGGAAACUUAAUUGAACUUCUACCCAAAUUCCUGGGUCGUAAAAAUUUCGGCAGCAAAAAUUUAUCCGAAGAUGAAAUUUAUUCUUUAACAAGACUUUUGAAAGGUUAUAAGUUUUACUUAACCUAUGACUCAAGGAGGAAAACCAUCGCUAAGAUAUCCUCCAAAUCUGCCUAUAACAUAAAAUUUGAACGAAAUGGUAAAAUGGUUCGUGUUAGUGAUUAUUAUAAAGAAACGGGGACCCCCUUGAAAUAUCCCAUGCUUCCUUGUGUUGUGGUGGUAAAGGGGCAAGGAAGAAAUCAGAGAGAAGAUAAUUUUCCUAUUGAAGUUUGUAUACUAAAAUUUGGACAAAAAAUUCCGCAAUCUAGUAUAACAACUCCAAUGCAGAAAGAAAUGAUAAAGUUAACCAGAAUUAAUCCCAAUAAACUAUUUAAAUCUCUUGAAAUUGCGAAGAAAGAACACUAUGACCAUAAUAAUGAUGAAUACCUUAAAUCCAUUGGAUUGAAAGUAGCUGAUAAAUUUGUGGAACUAGACU